AUGAUUGACCCAAUUGAUAAAAUUAUUGAAGAAACAUUUGUUUAUAAAAUUGACAUGCUUCAUAAUCUUUCUUUAUCAUCGAAUGCAUCAAUGAUUCGUUACGCGUUAGCAUAUAAGAACUUCAAUCCUAACGAAACAUAUCCAGAAGAAGAAAAUGUGGAAUCAAGUUUUGAAUUAACAAAAAAGUAUUGGAAAUAUAAAAUUGAUUCAUAUAAGAAACAAGAUGAAAAAGCAGAAAGGGAUACUAAAAACAAUGUUUCAAUGGAUGACUAUCAAUACUAUCACGAUUUAAUCCUUUCAUCUAAAUGCAAAAUGUGUGGUAAAGCGUUUACAUAUGCUAAUAAACCAACAUUAGAUAGAAUCGAUAAUGAAAAACCACAUACCAAAGAAAAUUGUCAGUUAAUGUGUUGUUAUUGCAAUGUCGUAAAAUCAAAUAAAGAUGAAGAUGUUCAACGUUUAAGAAUCAAUUUAAGAAAUUAUACAUUAAAAAAUAAUUUACCAAUGACUCUAGAUUCAGUUGAAGCUUAUCACAUCCUCCGUAAUGGAAUUACUGGUGGUUUAUCAAAUGUUCAACAUAGAGUAAAUCUUAAAGGAAUCACGCACAUUAAUAAACUUUCAUAUAAUCCAGAAACUAAAACUGUAUCAAAUGAGGACACUUCCAACAUUAUGACUCAUUUCGUUGGUGUUGACUUUAAUUCAUUAUAUCCUUCAUCAUUUUCAUCUAAUCCUCAUGAUUUCAUUCAAUAUACUGACCAUAAAAUGUAUAUGCCGGGAAGAUUGAAUGGUGUUAUCAUUUGUGAUACAGCAACAAAGAAAGCAAAAGCACUGGGAAUAAUUAAGAAGAAAAAUACUUUAUUCGUGGCUGAAGUAAAGGGUCACAUUGAUGAAAAAUACAUUAAUGAUUACAUAAACUUUUUACCAAUAAUAAGAAACUUUGAUAUUAUCACAGAUGAAAAAACAAUUGGUGGUUUUAUGUAUAAUUACAUGAAAUCAAACAAUCUACCAGUUGACCAGAAACAGAGGAAAUUAACUCAGUUAGCAUCAACACACAACCAAUAUCAACCAUUUUCUUCUUAUUAUCUUUGGUAUCUAAUAGACAGAUUUCAUUUUAUCAUUGAUGACAUUCAAUCAAUUUUAACAUUUACGAAAAAUACUUGUUUUAAUGAAUUUGCGAAUGAAUUUAUGAACGAAAGACAAAAGGCUGAAUUAG